AUGGGAGACAUUCCUGAAUAUCUGCCAUUCAGGUUAGUAGGUAUAUCUGAAAAGGAACUAUUCGAGGAUUUGUAUGUAGAUGAUGAAGACAUCACAGAUAUUAGUGAUGCUGAAAAUAUUCCGUCGGACACUGAAUCUCUGGUAGAAGAAACAUAUGAUCCCGAAAAUGAAGAAAAUCCUAACUAUGUGAAUAAAGGAAGUGAUAUGGUUGUAUUUAGAAUUGAAAAUACUAAUGUAAAUGCUCCUCCGUUGAAUCAAAAUGAUGAAAUUACGAAUUAUCAAAUUGGCCGGUAUAUCAGUUCCAAUGAAGCUGUAUGGCGUAUUUUUGUUUUCCCAAUUCAUGAACGGGAUCCAGCAUUUAUCCAUUUAGCUGUCCAUCUUGAAAACGGCCAGCGCGUAUAUUUCACGAACGAUACAGCGCUUGAUCGUGCUAUAAAUCCACCAAAAAUUACGCUCACCGAAUUUUUUGAACUGUGCAAUCGUCCCAGCCAGGUAAACAUUCAGGAUGAAAUAGAAUCUGUACUGACCUCUACUGCUGCCAAUGAAGAUUUUCUAAAAAUGCCAGGUCCUAGUGGGAUAAACAUUCAAGAUGUAGCUUUAACAUCUAUGUCUGUGCCACAUCCAAAAUUAUCCCCUUCAGUUGGAUCCCAGACACCAAAAUUUUUAAGUGCAUCAUCUCCAAGAAAAAUGAACUUGAGAUAA